AUGGCAGGGAAGAACACGGAGAGUCUGUCCCAGAAGCAGGUGAAGAAACUCUUUGCGAGGGCGAUGGCUCGCGUCGCCAGUGAGUUCAGCCCGGCGGAGCACCUCCCCCCUAAGGUGCGCGAGUUCUUGAAGCCCAUCGUUAACACAACGUGCCAAGGGUAUUGCACGAGCGCCUUGAUGGUUGGAGGCCCCACGGCGGCUCUUACAAAUGGCGCCGCCGUCAAGAUAUGGGGCCAGAAGCCCACUCCAUUAAUUGCACCAGUGUUCCAGAUAGGGAACGCACAGGCGGGGAAGAGCCAGCUUUUCAGUGUGUGCGAGGAGAUCUUCGACACGUGCGACGACGUCAUUGGCGAGCACGUCGACUCGCUCCUCGACGACGGCCCCCCCGUGACCGUGAAGAGUAUCUGUCUCCAAAGCUUCGCUUUCACGGAAUUCUUUUACCGGUGCUCCAGCGGCUUCCCCCUCGUUGAUUUUUCGGAGGGCGACGGGCGGGUUGCCGAGUUCAGGCAAUCAGAUGUGUGGGGCGGCAGGGCGUUCAAUCUAGACGAGGCGUACGAGUUCUGGGGCGGCCUCGGCCUUCUCGCUACCGGAGAGAAGGAUCGGGCGCCGACGGUCCACGCGUCCACCUUGAACACUUUGAUCGCGAGUGGCAAGACGAGACGGGCAACUCGCACAAGCGCGACCUUUGGCGAGUCUCGCGGCAAACGCGUCUCGGUGUCUCUGCUCGGCAACGGACAUCCUGGGAAAUUCAUAGCCAUGGACAGGGGGAUCGUGGGUAACCACACGGCGUGCACUAAGGAGCGCUUCGUCGCCUGCAUUGACCAGGCCGCUGCGCGCCACGCUGCGCUGCCCGCGGGGAGCGCAGACGUUCAACUGGAGACAUACCUUGACGCCCCUGAGGCCGCGGCCCAGUAUUUGGAGAGGGACGCCGAGACGGGCGAGGCGUCGGCAGCAAAUUCCCAGGCUCGCAGUUUCGUGGGCCCGGCUGGCGGAUACAAGGUGGAGUUCCCAGAUGGCGAGGAGUCCCGGUUGCGAUACCUGCGGGUUACCCCGUCCGACGUAGGCGACGCGCAGUUGCGGACCGAGUUCCGAAUUUCUAACAGGGGGGACCUGCCGGACCCCGCGGGCCACAUCCAAGCGGGGGCCAGGAGGGUUGCAGAGCUUUUCGCCAAGAAGCCGCAGGCGAUCUUGCCGUUCGAGGAGGAGGCGCGCAAUAUCAUGACGGGCAACCAAGUGGCACAGAGCAUCCGCGCGCAGUUGCGAGGAGACGACGAUCCUACUUUGGCUGCGCUGGAGGCCAACGCCGCGGGCCAGCAGGGCGUUCAGGCUGCUCUCGUUGCCGUGCUGGAUUACUCUGGAGGCGGGGGCACCUUGGACGCGGCCUCGGGGUUGCCGCUCAUCACCACCCAGCACGUCCAGUGCGCCAGGCGCAUGCUCGACAUCAGCAUUGCCAUCCGGACCAUAUGGCGAGCUGCUCUGGACGAAGACGGCGACGCUGCCGACGGCGAGAGCGACGGCGACAACGAGCCAGGGCGUUUGGCGCGCCCUGUUCGGGGCCACUAUCACCCUCAUGCGUACGCCGCGCCGCUCUCCACGCAGGUGCCAGCUUGCCCGGCGGCGCCCCAGGGCCCGGUUCCCGCUGGCGGCCUGGUGGCUGACGUUGCGCGCCCUGCCGCGCGGGCUGGCGGCGGCAAUGUCGACGUCUCGCAGCCCGCCAGUCCGGGCGCCGCGGAGAGCGAUCUGGCCGGUGCCCCCCCGACAGGAGGCGAGGCGCCGGGCUCGGGCGAGCGCGCGCUGACGUUCGCGGACUUGGCGGGCGAGGCGCAAUUCGACAAUCAGGGCCUUGGCGAAGGGGGGGCCAUGGUUUUCACGAAGGCAGCUUUCAAGGACAGAGAGCUCAUCCGUCGUGUGCUCCUGACCGGGAAAAGCCAGAUUUCCGUGAACGCCUGCGUCGACCUCUACAGCGUGGCCGUGUUGGACCAAGAGGCCCCCGCAAAGCGGAAGAGGCGAGCGCGCCCGUCCAAGCCCGAAGCGGUGGCGGUGCUUAAGGCGGCCUUCGAGCAGUUCCCGCGCCUGGGGGAGUGCCAGGAGCAGAACGGCGAGGUGUUUCUCAAGGGCUGGCCCGACUCAGAACUUGGGAGGACGCUCUUCCACAACGAGCUCAUGCGCUGCUGCCGCGUGUCACUGAGGCAGCUGUCACAGAAGCGCGCCCAGUUCCACGAGGGGCGAGUGACGCCGGCGCUGCCCCUGACGCCCAGUGCUUCUGGCGCCGCGGAGCCG